AUGUCAUUCACUGGAACUCUUGAUAAGUGCAAGGCUUGUGAUAAGACUGUUUAUGUGGUUGACUUGUUAACUCUUGAAGGUAUACCGUACCAUAAGAACUGCUUCAGAUGCAGUCACUGCAAGGGAUGCCUCACGAUGAGUACAUACUCUUCAAUGGAUGGUGUCCUCUAUUGCAAGCCACACUUUGAACAGCUUUUCAAGGAAUCUGGCAAUUUCAGCAAGAACUUUCAGACAGCAAAGUCUUCUGAGAAACAAAAUGAGAUGAAUAAGACCCCCAACAGACUCUCGUCCAUGUUCAGUGGAACUCUAGACAAAUGUUCAGCUUGCUCCAAAACAGUCUAUCCUCUGGAAAAGAUGUCACUGGAAGGGGAAUCCUAUCACAAGAAUUGCUUUAGGUGUGCUCAUGCAGGUUGCCACCUCACACAUUCCUCCUAUGCUGCUCUAGAUGGUGUCCUCUACUGCAGGCACCAUUUCCAACAGCUUUUCAUGGAGAAAGGGAACUACCAUCAUGUGCUCCAAGCUGCAGCAAACAAGAAGAAUGUCACACCACCUCCUGAAACAACUGAAGAAGAAGAGCCACCAAAGCCAGAGGAACCUGAAGAGGAACCACCAGAAGAGACGUCCUAA